AUGGCGGCGCGGGGGCAGCCGCACGCGAGGCGCUGGGAGUGCAAGUCUUGCAUUAAUGACCGCACGGGGAACGCAUGGUGGAAUUACCCCGACGCCAAGAAGUGCGCAUUCUGUUAUAUGUGGAUGCCGUCCUGCUUCAAGUGCCACGUGGAGCCACCCACUCCCUCCUUUCGGAAAGGGGGGGGCCCUCCGUGGCAGAAGGGUAAGGACUACAAGGAUGCGAUUGCAAAGACCAAGGGGCUCGAGUCAAAGGUCAAGCGGCUCAAGACGCAUGGGGCUGCGGCGGCCCCUCCGUCGGACGCGGCCGCCAUGUCCGUGGACUCGCAGGGUUCUGGAGCCGAGGCGGCGGGCGAGAACCUCAGUGGGGCGGAGACCACCGAGCUGCGGCACAGACUCAAGUCGAUUGAUGAGCAGAUGGCGGUGCUUGGCAAGUUCGCCAGUGAUGGGAAGUGCGGGGCCUACCUGCAGGGGCUACGCGCUGAGAAGGAGAUCGUACACCAGAAGUUGCAGGCAUCCAGGCCCAUGCACGCGCAGCUGCGGACGUUGUCGGUGCGGCUCAAGUCUGGUCAAGAGAAGCUGGACAAGAUGCGCGAUGGCAUCGUCGCGCUGCACGACCAGCGGAAGAAGCUGGCGGAGCAGAUGCUGGCGGCCGAGGCGGAAAUGCAGACCCAGGAGGGCGAGGUCGCGGCGUUGGGCUUGCAGAUGCAGGAGCUGUCGGCCAAGUGCGGGGGAGCCCCGCAGAAGGCGGAGCUCGGCGAAAAGGUGCCUGACAUGUCGAUCGAUGUCGAGGCGCUGGGCAGGCUGCUCUCGCAGCAUGGGGUGGCCCAGGAGCAGUGCUCGCAGCUGGCUGGAGCGCUGGCGUCGGCCAUGCCGCAGGCCACGCGGCAGCCUGCCCAGGGCGCAGGCGAUGGCGUGGAGGAGACGCAGCAGCAGCUCGACGAGGGCAUCGCCAAGGCAUCCGAGGAGCAGCUGCGCGAGCACCUGGGGCCUCUACUGGGUGACGCUUGUCCUGCUGAUCUGCCUGGGCUGCGCGACGCUGCCAAGCGGGUUGCAGAGUUGUCGCCGCACUUCCUUCCACCCGCGGCCAAGAAGGGGGAGGUUGCAGAAGAGGGUGAGUUGUGA